AUGGAAGGUCUUCAACUCAGCAAUGACACUCAGUUGUACUCAACCAUGGCAGGGAAGCUGGACUCCAAGCUCCUCAAAGCCCUUGACGUGAUGGGGUUUACCAACAUGACCCCUGUCCAGCAGCGUGUUUUGACAGAACUUCCAAACUGGCGCAGUGACUGUCUUGUCCAGGCUAAAACUGGAACCGGAAAAACCCUUGCUUUCUUGUUGCCUGCAUUGCACUGUCUGCUCCAAGGUGAUUCCGCCCCACCCAAGGGCAAGGUCGGCAUCUUGAUCAUUACCCCAACCCGAGAACUUGCCCAACAGAUUGCAAAGGCGUGUGAUGAACUAACAUCGCAACUUCCCACUCCUCUUGAGUGCCAUGUUGCAGUUGGUGGAACGGCCCGAGCAUCUGCUCAUUCGCGCUUCAUGAAGGGCGCACCUUCCAUUCUUGUCGCCACCCCCGGACGCCUGUGCGACUACCUAUCUGAAACUCCCACCGCUAAGAAGCUGUCUAACAUCCAAACAUUGGUUUUGGAUGAAGCUGACACGAUGCUCGAGAGUGGCUUUAUUGCUGAUGUGAAGCGAAUCCUCCAGCUUAUCCCACAAAAGAGCACUGGCUGGCAAGGCAUGUGCUUCUCAGCCACUGUCCCACCCAAAGUCAAGGAUGUGGUCAAUAUUGUUUUGAAGAAAAACUACACUAGCAUUUCUACCAUUGAUGAGAAUGAAGCACCAACUCAUGAGAGAGUUCCCCAGUACCACGUGCUCAUGCCGUCUGUCGCAGAUACCUUCACUACACUUGCCUCCCUGCUCAAGCAUGAAAUCAAGACCAGCUCGAAAAUCAUCGUCUUCGGCGUGACUGCACACAUGGUUUCCCUCCUCGCAGGAGUCUUCUGCAAGGGUAUGGUUCAUUUGAAGGUGUUCGAGAUCCACUCCAGACUCAACCAGGGUGCUCGCACAAGAACCACGAAUCAAUUCAAGGAAGCCGAAGCCGGAAUCCUGUUCGCUUCAGAUGUCAUCGGUCGUGGUAUGGAUUUCCCCAACGUCGACUUGGUCAUCCAGGUUGGUUUGCCAUCAAACGGCGAGCAGUACGUCCACCGUGUCGGUCGUACCGCCCGUGCUGGCGCUGACGGCCGCGCUAUCAUUCUCCUCACGGAGGGCGAGUCAUUCUUCAUGAAGAACAACCGCCACCUGCCCAUCAAACCCCGCCCCGAUACCGAAGCGAUCAAUGCUGGCGCUCCUUCAUGCUCUAAGGCUGUCAUGCAGGCCAUGUACACUAUUGAGGAAGAGUCGAAGCAACGGGCCUACUCGUCUUUCAUUGGUUUCUUCGCUGGAUCCGGUCUUCUGAGGCAGCUUCGUCUCGACAAGGCUGGUCUUGUCCAACUCGCCAACGAGAUGGCUGUCAAGGGCAUGGGAUGUCCAGAGCCUCCCCCCAAUGGACAAAAAGAUCAUUGGCAAGAUGGGGUUGAAGGACCCCGCAACUCUUCCCGAGGUGGCAAGAGCCGUGAUGCACUUAGCCCUGGAGCUGGCCAAGGAGACCGAGGGGGUAUCGAGAAGAAGCGUGGAGGAGGCCGCGGAGGCCGUGGAGCACGCCGUGGGGGUGGUGGACGCGGAAAGCCGAGAUCAUGA